CACGCUUUUCACGACUCUCACUACUAACUUCAUAAACCAUACCAUCUUCGAUGAAUUAGUGAAAAAGGUCGUGGGCGUUUUGUUUUAAUCAUCCGAUUCGGAAGUUCCUGUAUCUGUUUAUAAAUAGAACAGCUGUUAACACCGCCUCCAUUGUUGAGUUCGGAUCUACUCGAAAGAUGCAGAUAUUUGUGAAGACGUUGACAGGAAAGACGAUCACGUUGGAGGUGGAGCCUAGUGAUACCAUUGAGAAUGUGAAAGCGAAAAUCCAAGAUAAGGAGGGUAUUCCUCCUGACCAACAACGUCUGAUAUUUGCCGGUAAGCAGUUGGAAGACGGUCGUACUUUGUCUGAUUACAACAUCCAGAAAGAGUCGACUCUUCAUCUUGUUCUGCGUCUACGUGGUGGUAUGCAGAUAUUUGUGAAGACGUUGACAGGAAAGACGAUCACGUUGGAGGUGGAGCCUAGUGAUACCAUUGAGAAUGUGAAAGCGAAAAUCCAAGAUAAGGAAGGUAUUCCUCCUGACCAACAACGUCUGAUAUUUGCCGGUAAGCAGUUGGAAGACGGUCGUACUUUGUCUGAUUACAACAUCCAGAAAGAGUCGACUCUUCAUCUUGUUCUGCGUCUACGUGGUGGUAUGCAGAUAUUUGUGAAGACGUUGACAGGAAAGACGAUCACGUUGGAGGUGGAGCCUAGUGAUACCAUUGAGAAUGUGAAAGCGAAAAUCCAAGAUAAGGAGGGUAUUCCUCCUGACCAACAACGUCUGAUAUUUGCCGGUAAGCAGUUGGAAGACGGUCGUACUUUGUCUGAUUACAACAUCCAGAAAGAGUCGACUCUUCAUCUUGUUCUUCGUUUACGUGGUGGUAUGCAGAUAUUUGUGAAGACGUUGACAGGAAAGACGAUCACGUUGGAGGUGGAGCCUAGUGAUACCAUUGAGAAUGUGAAAGCGAAAAUCCAAGAUAAGGAGGGUAUUCCUCCUGACCAACAACGUCUGAUAUUUGCCGGUAAGCAGUUGGAAGACGGUCGUACUUUGUCUGAUUACAACAUCCAGAAAGAGUCGACUCUUCAUCUUGUUCUGCGUCUACGUGGUGGUAUGCAGAUAUUUGUGAAGACGUUGACAGGAAAGACGAUCACGUUGGAGGUGGAGCCUAGUGAUACCAUUGAGAAUGUGAAAGCGAAAAUCCAAGAUAAGGAGGGUAUUCCUCCUGACCAACAACGUCUGAUAUUUGCCGGUAAGCAGUUGGAAGACGGUCGUACUUUGUCUGAUUACAACAUCCAGAAAGAGUCGACUCUUCAUCUUGUUCUUCGUCUACGUGGUGGUAUGCAGAUAUUUGUGAAGACGUUGACAGGAAAGACGAUCACGUUGGAGGUGGAGCCUAGUGAUACCAUUGAGAAUGUGAAAGCGAAAAUCCAAGAUAAGGAGGGUAUUCCUCCUGACCAACAACGUCUGAUAUUUGCCGGUAAGCAGUUGGAAGACGGUCGUACUUUGUCUGAUUACAACAUCCAGAAAGAGUCGACUCUUCAUCUUGUUCUUCGUCUACGUGGUGGUAUGCAGAUAUUUGUGAAGACGUUGACAGGAAAGACGAUCACGUUGGAGGUGGAGCCUAGUGAUACCAUUGAGAAUGUGAAAGCGAAAAUCCAAGAUAAGGAAGGUAUUCCUCCUGACCAACAACGUCUGAUAUUUGCCGGUAAGCAGUUGGAAGACGGUCGUACUUUGUCUGAUUACAACAUCCAGAAAGAGUCGACUCUUCAUCUUGUUCUUCGUUUACGUGGUGGUAUGCAGAUAUUUGUGAAGACGUUGACAGGAAAGACGAUCACGUUGGAGGUGGAGCCUAGUGAUACCAUUGAGAAUGUGAAAGCGAAAAUCCAAGAUAAGGAAGGUAUUCCUCCUGACCAACAACGUCUGAUAUUUGCCGGUAAGCAGUUGGAAGACGGUCGUACUUUGUCUGAUUACAACAUCCAGAAAGAGUCGACUCUUCAUCUUGUUCUGCGUCUACGUGGUGGUAUGCAGAUAUUUGUGAAGACGUUGACAGGAAAGACGAUCACGUUGGAGGUGGAGCCUAGUGAUACCAUUGAGAAUGUGAAAGCGAAAAUCCAAGAUAAGGAGGGUAUUCCUCCUGACCAACAACGUCUGAUAUUUGCCGGUCAAGAAUUUCUUAUCGAUUGUCUCCAACAUGGUAAUUUCACACUAAAUGAUUGUUUUUCAAAAGAAGAAUCAUUCAGCAAUAAUUUAAAUUCAGGUGAUCAGUGUCCACAAAAGUUCCAGAGCAAUACAAAUAUGAACGACAGUUUAAUGCAAUCAUUAAUGAAACAGUUGGACUAA